GCCGGUUCCACUCUAGGAUUUGUACGAUUGCUGUCUCUCCUCUCUUUCUCAACGGUUCGGUAAGAGAAUAAAGAAUAAAUUAAAGACGGUCUGCCUGGUUCCCCGUAAGAACGGAGGAAAAGCAAAAAGAGAAAGAAAAGAAAAGGGAUAAAUUGCUCCGGCCAAGUCAACUCUUCUCUUUUUUUUUGUUCGCUUCCUUUUGUUUUUCAUCUUCUCUUUGUGGAUCUGCGCCUCACAUGACGCAGACCAAUCAUAGAUCCUGAGUCUCUUAAAUAGCAAAGCCACCCCUACUUCCUCUCACAUGCUUUUUGCCCCUACACUGAAUCCCCGUCACUCUUUCAACAUUUUUGCCCGUUGAGUCUCAAUCAUGGAUCGUGGACUUUCAACAAGCACCCGGAUCGAUGAUGAAGGCCUUCGUGAGAGGAAUGUGGCCUCUCAGACUACCUCGACUCUUAGUCCCGAGACUCUCACAGCCACUGGUGACGUAGAGCUCAAGGACAAGACUGGCAAGGACUGCAAGACAUACGGUCGCACAUCUGAUGGUACCGUGUUCACGGUGCCGCAAACCCACGACAUGGUGUCUCAACUCCUGUCGCCCUCAGAACCAAAGAACCUUUCUGAUGUUAUUGUUCUCGCAAUACUUGGUGCUCAUAUAUAUCUCUUAUGGCAGCUUCCCGCCGGUGCUAAGGUACCUGUUUUUGCCAUCAUUUACCUUUUCUGGCGUGUGGCCUACAACGCUGGCAUUGGAUGGCUUCUUCACAAUCAAUCUCACCACAAAACACUGGUCCGUUGGGCUGAGCAGACCAAGGUCUUCGUGAAUCCCACUACGGGCCAGAACCCCCAUGCUAACCUGUACAACUUUCUUAAGCGGGAGUUGGAAACUAAAAUCCCCAACGACUAUUCCUUCGAUGAAGCCCCCAUUGAGUACAACACGUGGCUCGUCUUUAGACGGCUUGUGGAUUUGAUACUGAUGUGCGACUUCGUGUCGUACUGUCUCUUCGCGAUAGCUUGUAGUCACCAUCCCGUCAACGAGAGCUUGUUGAUGACUGUUCUGCGAUGGUCUGCCGGCAUUGUGUUGGUGCUGUUCAACCUUUGGGUCAAGCUCGACGCUCAUCGGGUGGUAAAAGAUUUCGCAUGGUAUUGGGGUGAUUUCUUUUACCUAAUUGACCAGGAGUUGACGUUUGAUGGCGUCUUCGAGAUGGCACCCCAUCCUAUGUAUUCGGUUGGCUACGCUGGCUAUUACGGGAUUUCCCUGAUGGCAGCGAGCUACAAAGUUCUCUUUAUCUCUAUAAUCGCCCAUGCGGCCCAAUUCGCUUUUCUAGUGCUUGUUGAGAACCCACAUAUUGACAAGACGUACAACCCUCCACCCCCCCGCAAGCGACCAGCAGAGCAGGAAACUGUAUCUGUCUCGAGCCGCACUACGGAUUCGCCCAUUGCGCCAACACCGGUUGAUGAACAAGCCCCCCACGCGCCAACCUUCUCAAGCAGUCCACCGCAGUCGGUCCACAAUUUAUUGGGGCUCCACAAUCUGGAUCUGUAUCGGAUAACGGAUACCUCUUCUGUCCUUAUCCAAUUUCUCGUAUUUUCUCUCACUGUGUUGACACCCUCUACACCGUGGUACCAAUUUCUUUUCGUAGCCAACGCUGCAGUAUGGAGGCUUUGGUUCUCAGUCGGUGUUGGGUACAUGCUCCAUCGUCAAUCGAACUAUAAGACGUGGACCCGACACUUUGUCAAGUAUGGUGAAACUCCUCAAGAAGCAUGGAACCAGUGGAAAGGUACAUAUCAUCUGAGCAUGAUCAUGUGCUACGCAAGUUUUAUUGCUGCGGUAUGGAAGAUGUACACCUUCCCUGCUGAUUGGGGAUAUGGCCUCGUCUUACUCCGACAUGUCAUGGGAGCUGGCCUUAUUAGUUUGCAGAUUUGGACUUCAGUCAGCAUCUAUGAGUCUCUCGGUGAAUUUGGCUGGUUCUACGGCGAUUUCUUCUUUGAUGGGUCUUCAAAGUUGACGUAUAAUGGAAUAUACCGUUUUUUGAACAACCCAGAGCGUGUCCUAGGUCUGGCCGGUGUCUGGGGAGCUGUUCUUAUCACCAGCAGCGGAGCAAUAACCUUCCUAGCACUCCUCAGUCACAUUCUCAGUCUGGCCUUCAUCCAAUUCAUCGAGCGUCCGCAUAUGCAAAAGCUCUAUGGCCAGAGUCUGCGGCAGGAUGCGGGGCUUGUAAAGAGCCUGAAAAAAUCCCUGCCAUCCCCUCUUAGGCAGCUCCACGGAAGUGUUGAUAAGAUAUUCGAUGAGUCAUUCGAGUUCAUCGAAGAAUUCCUCGAGACAGCACGCCCGAAGCUCGCUGAUGGUGUCAACACAUUUGUUAAGGAUACUACUGCUCUUUUCCAGAAUUACCCCGCCCGUGUCACUAUUUCACGCAUUGACGCAGACCUGGCGGGAUAUGAUUCGCGAGACUAUUCUCUAGAAGUUGAAGGCACUGAUUUGUCUUACUUAGCUGGAUAUGACCAGGGUACUGGUAGAGAGGGCGCUAACGCUCGCAUGCCUCUUGACAGACGCGGCGACCUGAAAAACCUCAUGUUCGAAUAUGGUGCACCGAUCAAAGUCAAGUGGACUGCGCCCCUCAACCAUAGCAAGAAGGAUUGGAUUGGUUUGUACAAGGUCACUGAUAAUACAUCUCGCGAAGUUUCCCGGGUCUCCUCUCAAGGCAGAUGGAUUGCUGUCAACGAAGGCGUCUACGACAACUUGACAUGUGAGAAGGGAAUUGCUAAGAGCGAUAUCGUUAUCUCUACACAAAACGAGGGCGGCGAAAAGCGUGAUCUUGCGACUGGUGAGGUUAUCUUCUCUGGCGAUAAACUCUUCUGGACACAGGGUGUCUUCGAAUUCCGCUAUCAUCACAAUUCCAAGCAUAAUGUCAUGGCUAUCUCCAGGCCAUUUGAAAUUCGCAUUGGUCGAUAUGAAGAGGAGGAUGACCAUGAUAUUACGCAAACGUCUGUUGAGAGGAGCCUGUUACCUGUUAUUCGCAACUGCUUCGAUCGGGACCCAGAAAUCGCACCGGAGACCGUGGAGGAGCAGUUCGGAAGCCUUGUGGACCGCGAUGGUAAAUUUGCCAAACGCGUUGUUUUUGCCUUGCACCAGAUGUUUGGUGUUGAAUUCGCGCCUGAAGUUGUUCGAGCUGAUGGAACUGUUCGCAACCUCGCCUGGAGGAUAUGCAAUGCAAAGAGGGUCCUGGCUCCUUACAGUAUGUCAAGGGAUGGCGCAUCAACUCCAACCGAGAGGAAGGAGUAAAGCAUAGAAAAUGCCAAGUGGGCAGCUGGUCGAUGAUAUUAUAUGUUGUUUAUGAGCCACGAUAUGGGUUUCUUCGACGGUAAACUUGAGAGUAGCCUGUCCGAUGCAAUUAUUGUUAUGUAAAUGGACGCUGCUGCUUGAUGUAUGUCGCAGCAGCGGAAUAUCGUUAAGGAAAACAAAAAGGGCUGAAAAGCUACUAUGGUUGAGGAAGUGAGUUAACCGGCCCGUCUUUCUUGUGUCAAGACGUGUUUACCUAAUGGUGAUAGGUUUUCCGACUCCC